UGAUGCUCACGUCGCGCGGCGCACCAAUCAGCGCGCGGCUCGCGCAGCCCAUGAAUAUUUACGCGGAGGCUGUUCACUCUGUUCACUUUCGUGCGCUCAAAGUUAGUGGAUUAGCAGUGGGAGGACGGGGCUCUGUGAAAGACUACCACCACCAGCAGCAGCAGCGGCAGCAUCAGGACCAGGACCAGCACCGGCACGAGCAGGAGCAGCAGCGCGAGCACGCGUGCACGAGCUCGCGUGGGGAUUAUUAUUAUAAUAACACAGUAACAUCCAUCGUUGUAUUAUUUUUCUUUUCUUUUUUUUUAACCACCACCACCUUUGGCAACGUCAGAAGAACGUGAAGGACGACAGAAGCUCACAGCUCUUGUGAUCUCCAGUUUGGGCAAGUGGGCGCGAGGACGCACGGACCGCGCAUCCCGCUCCCCGCACCGCGCUCUCGGACUUUUUUUUCCUCCCUCUUUUGUACGCGUGUGAGUGCUGGGUAUACGAGUGUGUGUGCGUGUGUGUUUGUUCGUGCGUGCACGUGCGCGCGCGCAAAUGUGGUGGAUCUAUGGAGUAAGUGUAAAAUGCCAACACUUCGUCCAUCACCAACUGGCUGCAUCAAGCCGGGCUGCUGCUGUUGUUGUUCGCUGGGAAAAAAAGGACGCCAGACCACCGCAGCCUCUGUCUCCACUCCGCAAGUUGAGUCCGACAAAUUGUGACAAAGGCUGUCAGCUGCUGGAAUAAGAAAUCGAUGCGCGCGAUAUUCUUCUGGAAUUUUAACCAUUGUGCUCUCUCUCUCGCGCGCGCGCGCGCUCUUUCGCUCGUGCUCGCACCGGCUCCAACCAGCCCCUUCCUUCUUCAACCAAUGAUGCCAACGGAUUGAUUGAAGAGCAAACCCCCGCGUUUGAGAUUUUUGUUGGCGGCUUGUUGGCUUGUUGUGUAGUAAGUAGUAGCAUGGGGGAGCAUCAGCCGUCCUCCCCAACACUGACAGCCAGCCUCUUCAUCUGGUUGUCUUCCUCCUCCUCAUUGUUGUUGCUGCUGCUGUUGCUGCUCUUGUAGUUAUUGUAACGUUAGUUGUUGAGUGUCCAUCCACCCAAGCAAGCAAGACUCGCAAGAGGAGGUAAGGGAGAGGAAACAUGUCUGGCCACUUCUCUGAAAGGGAUCACUGCUAUCAGAGAUGGCAUUUUGGUCCAGCACCUCGGUUUUGACUUCUAAAGUGCCCAGGAAGAUCUUAUUCAUGUUCACCCUGUCCCUCUCCGUCACCUACCUGUUCUACAGCUUGAUGAGCUGCUACAACUCGCAGCUGCAGUUCCCCCUGCAAGACAACAACUACGUCUACCAGGCCCGGCUGGUGACGGAGGAGACAACUUUCGUGACGCUGAGGGACAAACUUUACUCCACGGCUUCUCGGGCGUACUUCGACGAGGAGCUGAUCGAGAGGACAGCCACGGAGCAGACGCUCGUUUUCUCCACGGACAGGCGCGAUGGCUGGGAGAAAGCUCAAGCCGGAGCUCUGGCGACCACCAGCAGCAGCGGCAGUACUGCCGGUGGCGUUAGCGGCAGUGGCGGCGUUAGCGGUAAUACUGGAACCAGCGGUAGCGGCAGUUUCCAAGCCGGCGCCGGAGCAGCGGAGAAAGAGCGGCAGGACUUCAGCACCACGGACAGCGACCCCAGCCUCAGGAGAGCGCCCAACUGCACCUCGGAUUACGGCGAGAAAAAGCUGCCCCAAGCCAUCAUCAUUGGGGUGAAGAAAGGAGGUACCAGGGCGCUUCUGGAAGCUCUGAGGGUCCACCCUGACGUCCGCGCUGUUGGGAACGAGCCCCACUUCUUCGACAGGAACUACGAGAAGGGGUUCGACUGGUACAGGGACUUGAUGCCUUCGACGCUGGAGGGCCAGAUCACCAUGGAGAAGACCCCCAGCUACUUCGUGACGAACAGUGCCCCCAAGCGCAUCCACUCCAUGGCGAAGGACAUCAAGCUGAUCAUCGUCGUCCGCAACCCUGUGACUCGAGCCAUUUCGGACUACACGCAGACUCUGUCCAAAAAGCCCGAGAUCCCCACCUUCGAGGUCCUGGCCUUCAAGAACCGGACGCUGGGGCUGAUCGACGCCUCGUGGAGCGCGCUGCGGAUCGGCAUCUACGCGCUCCACCUGGAGAACUGGAUGCAGUACUUCCCCCUCUCUCAGAUGCACUUUGUGAGCGGCGAGCGGCUCAUCGUGGACCCGGCUGGCGAGAUGGCCAAGGUGCAGGACUUCCUGGGCCUGAAGCGCAUCGUCACCGACAAGCACUUCUACUUCAACAAGACCAAGGGGUUCCCCUGCCUGAAGAAGCCGGAGGACAGCAGUACCCCGCGGUGCCUUGGCAAGUCCAAGGGCAGAACUCACCCCAAAAUAGACCCGGACGUCAUCCGCAGACUGCACAAGUUUUACCGGCCCUUUAACAACAUGUUCUACCAAAUGACGGGGCAGAAUUUCCAGUGGGAGAUGGAGGAGGGCGGGGACUCUCCUGGCACUCGGGACUGACGCACUAAAAAAAAACACACUGAUGCACUGAACCUGGCUAACCACCCCCUAAAAACCACAUAAACCCCCUCCUCUAUCUUCUCUCCUCACUCCCCACUUUACCAGCCAAUCAAUCAAUCAACCAACCACUCAAUCAAUCCCAAUCCCAACUCUGCGCCCCCCUCCAUCCACUCGCCCACCCGCUCAACCAACCAACCAGUGCUUCAGCACAACCAAUCAGUAAUGGCUGUCUUUGCAAAACUGCGAAAGUGUCUGUAUUUAUAGCAAACAUUUGACUGAUCUGCUCUUUAACCCCUCCUCCAAAAGCCAAUGGUGUUCAUGGUGGCAAACUAUUGUAUAUAUUAUACAGUACAUAAAUAUAUUUAUAUUUGUGGAAAAAAAAAAGAAGACGAUUUUAUUCAUUUCGUUUCGGAAAACGGAAAAAGUUGCUAUUAUUAUAUAAAUCAUGUCGACAAUGAUGAUGAUGCAUGCAUGCAGUGAGUUAUAAGUGUCCUUACCCCCCUCAGCCAUACAAACGGAUAUACAGUCUUCAGUCUAUUUCUUCAUUUAUUUAUUUAUUUGAUUUAUUUAUUCUUAUUUAUUUAUUUAUUUAUCUACCUUUAUCUACCCUUUACCUCCUCCCUCUCCCUCUCCCUCUACCUUUGCAUUCUCUUCCAUUUAUACCAGCCCAGCGGUCAAGUCAAUGCAGUAGUGUCCCUUUCUGCGGCAGAUAAACAGGACUCGAUUAGUGUCGGGACAGACUCAACACUGAAAUCAAUAGUUCAGGGUCAACACGUGUUACUGAAACAGCAGCCUCAUGAUACCAAACAGUUCCAG